AUGCCGACACUAAAAGAUCUCGUUUGCCAUGUGCAAUGGGCAGAUACUGGAUCCGCAUUCCCCGAAUAUGGGACAGUCUACGGAGAUGGUGUCGUUGAGACCUACAUCGCUAUCCCUGGCCAUCCACAAGCCUUUACCAUCCGACUCACUUCACGAAAGUUCAUUUACACAGGAAUAUCGAUGGUGGUCUUUAUUGACGGAAACUACCAGUGCAAUCGUAACAGAGUCAACCUACAGGCUGCAAAGAAAGGUGUCCCUGACAAUAGAACCAACAUCGACUUUCUCGUGAGACAGAAAGAGAAGCCCAUGGGUGAUGGAUCCUACAUGGGUCGUGAGUGGCGCUUUGACGACUGCAAUCUUGUCUCCCAAAUGCCCGAGGGCAUGGACAAGAGUCACUUUGAUGAGCUGGGAACGAUCGAGGUCUUAGUCCUGCGAUGCCAAAGCAACCAUCAUGACGAAAGUCGAUGCUCAACCACCUCUUCAGCCGAGCACAGCGCGAUCAUGGAUGACAAUGAAGAUGCUAGGGGAGAAGUAGUGGCGGGUGACUCCGGAAGUCAAUCAAAGCCAGAGAACCCCGCCAGUAUGCAGCCUGAACCGCCGCAAAGUGAGGUACAGGACGCGUUUGGUGGUCUGUUUGGCCUGUUUGACGGAUCUGCCGAUGGCUGGCGUUUCUUUCCUGUGAAUUCCGGCGAUGCCCCGUCCGAUGGCUAUCAUCGAUGGCAUUGGCAACCACCUCACAGUCACUCUGCUCCCUACGGGCCGCAGGAAAGACCACAGCCUCCAUCGGAUUAUCGUCCCGCCUCAGAACAUUAUGGAGAACCGCGGCGGAGCAGGUACGACUAUCACGACUCUCCGCCCUCGUCGGCAUAUGUACAUCCACCUGGCAGACCGGACAGACAUGUUCAUUUUGACUACGGUGACAGAAGAGGAACGCAGCCAAGCAGCUACCAUACAAGAUACGAUCACCAACCCCAUCAUACCUGGGAGCGAGAUGAUCCACAUGCAUACCCUCAACCUCGCCCGAGUUACCAUCGGCCUGAAUACCACAGACAUCGUACUCACUAUCCGGAGUAUCCCACUGCCCCCGAAGGCGGGCAUUACAUGUACAACGCGGACCGAAAAGUCUACAGCCACUAUCCCGAUCCGCAUCAGAUCCACGGUAACUCGCCACAGUAUGCUCCUCUAGCCAGUCAGUCUAUUCACCAUUCCUACCAAGCACCUGGCCCUCCGAGAUUUGCUGCCUCUCCAGCAAAUUUGCCGAACUCUGCUCCAUCGGUGACACCCUUCCCCUCUCUGCCUCCGAAAAUUCCGAUCCAACCUACGAGCUUGCCUCCUAUUCAACCACAGCCUGUCCAAUAUCCUAUUCCAAUCUGGGUCGGUCCAACCCCAAUGCCGGUUCCACCCUUUCCUCCUGCGAUGCCGAUCUAUCCACCGCCGGGAAAUGCACCCCUGUUCCAUACUCAGAGAAUGGAUGCCACCAAUGCGCCAAGCACUCAAAAUGGCAGCACUUCGACUCCAGAUGGGGUUCCAGACCAAUCAAAUGGGAGCACCUCCCAGCAACAAGGAGGCGACGUUGCCAAAAAUGUAGAGAACAACAACUCCAACACAGGUCAGCCCCAUUCGGCCGAAGAUCCUCAACAAAAUACAAAUAACGGCAACAACAACGGCGAAUGGGCAACUUCUGAUGACAAAAACACCGGUGGCACCGAAAAUGCGUCGGCAAAUGGAGGCUCAAAUGAUGAUGGAAGAAACCGCAAUAGCCAGAAUCUGAACGGCUCCGGAAACAUGGACAAUAACAGUUCCAGUUUCAACCACAAUAACGACCAGAACGGCGACAACUUCGGUCAAGAUUGGGGAGACAGUUCCAUGAAUGCUGGGACCGGUCAAGCCUGGGAUAAUGAUCAUGCCAACCCCGGAGGCGACAGCUGGCAAGAUGAGCCAGCUCAGAACAGCAGCGGAAAUGCACAAAGCAAUCACGGUGGUGGCCGGGCCACAGAGAAUCAAGAUCCUGGGAUUGACGGGAAUGGGCAAGCAUGGGGCGGGAGCAACAAUCAGAAUAAUAGCUCAACAUCGAACAACGAACCCGUAUUCGGAGGAAAUCCAUCGAACAACAGCCGGCCUCUGUAUGGACCGUAUGGGGCGUACUACACCUUCAAAGCCAAUGUGCAAAAUGCUCCCCCGCCCGAAGCCGAGGAGGAGCCCCGGUAUGAUGUCCCUCAAGCGAUUGCACAGUCCAUGGGAAUUACGAAACAGGUGCAGCCGGGUAAAGGUUACCUGUACAACAAAAAGAGAUGCAUUCCGCACUACAUUGACAGUCUGGACGAGCCGUACGCUCGAUUUGUCUUCAAGUACCGAACAAAGGAACAGCUCAAGGACGAGAUUGGGGUCGAGAUCUCCGCUGAGCCGAGCCCGAACGAGGACGUGAAUGCUCUCGAAAACCUGGACAAGGCAGAGCUGAUUCAGAUGGUGCUUAGAGCAAAAGGGGCUCUGGGCGGUACGAUACCCGACCCGCGACCGACAGUGACACCGCCUUCGGUGAAGAGCUUCGAGCAAGUCCCGGUCGACGCUCCUGAUAUGCCUUUUCUCAAAUACAAUCUGCCGCGCACGCGCAACGUCUCAAACAGUGCGGGUCUUGGGAUUCGAUUAUCCAGCGCUUCAAGCCAUCAGAGCCAUGCGGGCAAUGCCAAACAGAACAACAACAGGAACAAUAGCUCGAACAAUUGGCAGAACCAGCAAAAUAACAACGAGAACAGUGGUGGUGGGCAAAACUGGCAAGGAAACAAUCAGCCGCCAGGUAGCAACGGCAGCAACAACAAUAACAAUAAUAACAAUAAUAACAACAACAACCACAAAAAUGGCAGCAACAGCAAUUGCGGCUGGGACAACACCUGCGCAACUAACAAGAACGGCUGGGACGGGCAACAAGAGAAGCAGCCCAACGGGGCCUCCCAACCCUCCAGAAACUUCAGCGGGCGGGCAAGCUCUCUGCGCGGCCCCAUGAACAGUCCGAGGGGCUUCAAUCCAGCACAGGCACAGGCGCCAGCUCAAGGUCCAGGCAGCCACGCAGGACCGCCGGGAGACAUUCUCGACUACGUGCUCAGCAACCCCGAGGCGGCGGCGCGGAUGGGCAUGUCUGGACCUCCACCACCACCGAUCGCCUUCACCGGCUCUGGCACCGUCGGAGGCGGCCAGACAAACAUCGACAUGAACAUCAGCGGCGCCGGCCCACGGCCCCCAACGCCCACGGGACCUCCACCACCGUGUAGUCCUCUCAGCGUUCAGAAUCAAGGAGGGUUUGGGGCCGGGAGCUGGGGAGGAGGGAAUCCGAAUCUGCCGGUGAAUGGUUGGUGA